AUGUCUUCAGAUCCGCUCAGCUGGACCUUGCGAUUCAAAAAGCACAAGACAACCGUGCUUCUGAUGCUCCCAGCUCAAGAAUCGAUCCAAUCUACAAAAGAAAAACUACACAGUGCACUCAAAGCGCGCGGCCUUACGGAAAUAAAUGGCGAUCUUAUUCCCGAGGAUCCUUCAGAGCUAGAAUUCGGAACACCCAUCGAUCGAAAUGAGCUCGAGAAAGGUUGGGCUCGUUUAGACGUUCCAGCUAAAGAGAACAGCGACAGCGCAACAAAGAAAUCAGGCGCAGGACGACCGAAGAAGAGCUCCUUGACUGAUAGCUUGCAAGCGGCCGAUAUUCGUGAUGGACAGGCUAUUGCAUUCCGGUUCAGGAAGGUUGCACAUGGCGAGGAUGAAGAUUCGGAUUUUGAGGAUCCUGGAUGGGAUGUCCUAGUACCAUCGCUUGAUGAUGAUGAACCUGAGUGA